GUCACUGCUAUGUAAUUCACGUACAGUACAGUACAGUACAGUACGUAUUGUUGAUUCCUGGCUGAUGGCGCCAUCUAGUGAUCAAGACGGCAAACUGCUGCAUCCCUAGCUAGCUAUUUAAAACCCACGAGAGCGGAAAGGAAUUUGAAUAUUGUAUUAUAACUUUGCAUAUUAUAACUGAGUGGACUCGUAAUUCGUUACGAUACGAUUUUUUUUGCGUAAUCUUCCUAUAUUUGUCUAGCCAAUCCGAACGCUGUGGAACAUCUACCGAUAACCGGAUGAAAAUCCGAUAGCACACUUGUGUAUUACCCAUUUCGGUGCUGAUACAUACUAACGAUUUCCUUUGGCAAAGAAAUCGACAAUGAACAAAGAUGAGCCAUUAACAAAAAUCCCUCUGAAGUACAUCAAUGGGUUUCCGUUUCCGGAACCGUUUCUGGAUGAGGAGAAAGUUUUAGAAACUAUCGCUUAUCAACCAACCGAGGAUGAUAUCUUUGUAACAACCUAUCCUAAAAAUGGAACCACGUGGAUGAUGUACAUAAUCUGGGAGAUUCUUCACGAUGGCGCACCACCACCUCCACCGUACAUGAUGAUGAUGAUCGAGAUCCCUUUCCUGGAAUUUACAGGAUCCAAAGUUAUAGAGAAAUUGAAGCCUCCGCGAGUCAUGAAGACACACAUGCCAUUUAAUUUAAAUCCUUAUAAUCCUUCCGCCAAAUACUUCUUCGUCUACAGGAAUCCUUGGGAUUGCUGCGUUUCUUAUUUCCACCACGAGAGAGAUAUGGAACCUAAUUACGAUAGUUUAACGUUUGACGUAUUUUACGAAUGCUUUCUCAAAGGAGAAGUGCCGUGGGGUGAUUUCUUCGAUCACUUCUUAUCCUGGUACGAGCACAAAGAUGACUCCAAUGUCUUCUUCUACAAGUACGAGGACAUGAAGAAAGAUCCCAAGGGUAUUAUUUUGAAAGUGGCAGAAUUCUUAGGGGAGAAUUAUUUGCUCAAGUUGAAAGAAGACAAAGAAUUAAUGGAGAAGAUAUUGCGUCAUACCGAUUUUAAAUACAUGAAGGAAAAUCUUCAUUGUUACACUCCCCUCAGUAACGAAGGAUUCGAUAAUUUGAGCGCAGAGGAAUUAUCUGUGAAAUUAUCAACAAAAGGAACUGAAAAUGUAAAAAAAGUCGAAUUUUUCCGUAAGGGAGAAGUGGGAAAUUGGAGAAAAUUCUUCAGCGAAGACCAAAAAGUUCGAUUUCGGGAAUACAUAAAAAGGAAACUAACGGGAACACCCGUCGAAGGAACACUUAUGCAAGAAUGGAUGAAUAUGGACAGUGCACAUGCCACCGAAGAUGUCGAGAAGAUGAUUCUCGGUAACAAAUGUGAUAUGGAAGACAAAAGAAUGAUCAGCAAAGAAAGAGGAGAAUCGAUUGCACGAGACCACGACGUAACCUUCUUAGAAACAAGUGCAAAAGCAAAUAUCAAUAUCGAAGAAGCCUUUUUUCAUUUAGCAGAAGCUAUCUUAAAUAAGGUGAAAUCGAAAAUGAACAAAGAUGAGCCAUUAACAAAAAUCCCUCUGAAGUACAUCAAUGGGUUUCCGUUUCCGGAACCGUUUCUGGAUGAGGAGAAAGUUUUAGAAACUAUCGCUUAUCAACCAACCGAGGAUGAUAUCUUUGUAACAACCUAUCCUAAAAAUGGAACCACGUGGAUGAUGUACAUAAUCUGGGAGAUUCUUCACGAUGGCGCACCACCCCCUCCACCGUACAUGAUGAUGAUGAUCGAGAUCCCUUUCCUGGAAUUUACAGGAUCCAAAGUUAUAGAGAAAUUGAAGCCUCCGCGAGUCAUGAAGACACACAUGCCAUUCAAUUUAAAUCCUUAUAAUCCUUCCGCCAAAUACUUCUUCGUCUACAGGAAUCCUUGGGAUUGCUGCGUUUCUUAUUUCCACCACGAGAGAGAUAUGGAACCUAAUUACGAUAGUUUAACGUUUGACGUAUUUUACGAAUGCUUUCUCAAAGGAGAAGUGCCGUGGGGUGAUUUCUUCGAUCACUUCUUAUCCUGGUACGAGCACAAAGAUGACUCCAAUGUCUUCUUCUACAAGUACGAGGACAUGAAGAAAGAUCCCAAGGGUAUUAUUUUGAAAGUGGCAGAAUUCUUAGGGGAGAAUUAUUUGCUCAAGUUGAAAGAAGACAAAGAAUUAAUGGAGAAGAUAUUGCGUCAUACCGAUUUUAAAUACAUGAAGGAAAAUCUUCAUUGUUACACUCCCCUCAGUAACGAAGGAUUCGAUAAUUUGAGCGCAGAGGAAUUAUCUGUGAAAUUAUCAACAAAAGGAACUGAAAAUGUAAAAAAAGUCGAAUUUUUCCGUAAGGGAGAAGUGGGAAAUUGGAGAAAAUUCUUCAGCGAAGACCAAAAAGUUCGAUUUCGGGAAUACAUAAAAAGGAAACUAACGGGAACACCCGUCGAAGGAACACUUAUGCAAGAAUGGAUGAAUAUGGAGUAAGUUAUAAUCUUGAAAAUCACGAUUUUCACUAAAAUUUCAGCAGUGCAGUGAUUUCUCAAAAUGUUUACGAAUAUUAAUAUAUUCUGUUGUGGCAAUAAAAUAAAGAUGUUGCAUACGG